AAAAUCACAAAUAAAACAUGAACAAUUUUGAAAUUAAUGGAAGAAUCGGUGAAGGAGCACAUGGAUAUGUUAUGAAAGGGGUGGAUAAAAGAACUGGCCGCGAAGUAGCUUUAAAAAAAUUGAUAAUCAAGAACCUAGAUGAAGGUAUUCCAAAGCAUAUUAUGAGGGAAAUGUUAGCAUUACGUGUGUUGAAGUUUAAAUAUAUUGUAGAAUUGUAUGAUAUUAUACCACAUGGGAUGGGCAUAAUUUUGGCUAUGGAAUUUUUACCAUCCAGUUUGUACGACUUAUUGAAAGACGAAACUCCUAUCAGCCCUUCUCAAAUAAAGACCUACAUGAAAAUGUUACUAAUGGGUUUAAAAUAUAUGCACAGUAAAUCACUGAUGCAUAGGGUAAGUGAUAAACCUCUUUUAUAUGUAUAUAUUAUUUUUAAAUCGAUAUUUUUAAAACAGGAUAUAAAACCCGCAAAUUUAUUAAUUGCUGCAGAUGGUGUUUUAAAAAUUGCGGACUUGGGUUUAGCAAGGAUAUUCAUGAAAAAUCAGGAGCGACAAUAUUCCCAUCAGGUAGCUACACGUUGGUAUAGAGCACCAGAAUUACUGUAUGGUUCCAGAAAUUAUACACCCAGUAUCGAUAUAUGGGCAUUUGGUUGUAUUAUGGCCGAAAUGAUUAAGAGAAUGCCGUUAUUUGCCGGAGAAACCGAUAUAGAACAAUUAGCAAUCGUCUUACAUACUCUGGGAACUCCCAACGAAUCUACAUGGCCUGGGCUGAAAAAUUUACCGGAUUUUAAUAAAAUAACAUUCAAAUUUAGUCCUGGAUUAGAUUGGAAAGAAAUAGUACCGAACGCAUCACCGGAUGCUGUCGAUUUAAUUAAAACAUGUGUACAAUACAAUGAUAAAAAUCGACCAUCUGCUGAAGAUGCUUUAAAACAUGAGUAUUUCUUUCGUUCUCCUUCCACGUGUUCAAUGAAGAAUAUGCCUAAACCUAAAGACAUAAAAACCGACUGGCAAUCACCGGAAUGGGACAAAUUUGAUGAAGAUUUCAGUGACUUAAGUUUGAAAUAUCAGAAAGACAUUAUACGAGAAAUAAAUGAGUCUACAUAAGUAACACUUAUCAUAUCUAACAAUAUGUUUUGAGCACGUUUUUAUCUUUUGUUGUAUUUUUAUAUUACAACAUAAACAUCA